AUGAGCAGAACACAGUCACUGAGUUCAAGGCCGAAAGUCAUUGAUCUGACUACGAGUAUCCAGCCAACAACUGGGGCAAAGAAGUUAGUGAUCAAGAAUCUGAGGACAAAGUCACGGCAGGAUGUGGGCGAAUACUAUCAGCGGACGUGGAACGAGUUGGAUGAUACUUUGACUUCAAUCUUCCGGCGGCAGACACCGAAAGCGCCUCUGGAGGUUCUGUGUCGUGGAGUUGAAGCAACGUGUAGGAGAGGCGAAGCGGACAAACUAGCCGUACAUCUCAGAGAUCGUUGCAAAGCCUAUCUAGAGAAGGAGCUUCUACCGAAGAUCGAGCGUGAACCUGGUUCUGCCAAUGUUGAAGCUUUGUCGACUGUCCACAAGUAUUGGACAGAGUGGAAUAAGCAAGCAACUCUCAUUCGAUCCAUAUUCAGCUAUCUCGACCGUUCGUAUCUCCUGAAUCAGAAGAAUUUACUACAAUUAGAGGAUAUGGGCAUACAGCAGUUUCGGCACGCAAUUUUCUCGAAGAGCAAGGAGAGGGAUGGUCGGAAGCUUGGUGGGAAAGUGAUUGCCGGCAUGUGUGAUUUGGUAGAAUUUGAUCGAGCUAGACAGGACGAUAUUUUCGAUGCAGCACUGCUCAAAGACUCGGUGGUGAUGCUGCACAUCUUUGGGAUUUAUACCAAGUCUUUCGAGGGGGGAUUUCUCAGACGCAGCCAGCUCUUUUUCGAGAAAUUUUCAGAAGAUAGGAGCAGUUCGAGCAUGAAGGACUAUGUUUCUGCGUGCGAUAACCUGUUAUAUCGGGAAGCCCUUCGCUGCGACACCUACAAUUUCGACAGCCGCACGAAGAGAGGCCUGCUUGAAUCUGCACACCAUAUCCUCAUCGAACAACGCACAAACAUCCUACUCGAUGCAGCCGGACUGGCAGGCCUCCUCGAUGCAUCUCUGAUGUCUUCUUUAAGAGCUCUGUACAAGUUGCUCUGCUUAUCCAAUCUGCAGCAAGACUUAAAACAACCUUUCGAAACGUACAUCAAAGAAACAGGAGCAAUGAUUGUCAGGAACCCGGACAAAGUAGACGAAAUGGUUGUUCGGCUACUGGAAUUGAAGCGGUCCCUGGAUCUCAUAAUCCGCGAUGCUUUCGAGAAAGAUGAGACCUUUUCUUACAGCUUAAGAGAAGCCUUUGGUAAUUUCAUCAAUGAUAGUAAAAACACAACAGCGUGGGGUACCGGCAAUUCCAAGGUUGGAGAAAUGAUUGCCAAGUACAUGGAUACGUUACUUCGUGGAGGUCUGAAAGCUGUACCUCCAUCAUUGGCAUCGGAUGCCAAAGAUCGGGAUGCUGCUGAGAAACAAGGCCAAGCAAGCACAGGUGAUGAGGACGCUGAACUCGACCGCCAGUUAGAGCAAGCUCUGGAGCUCUUCCGGUUCAUCGAAGGCAAGGAUGUCUUUGAAGCCUUUUACAAGAAGGACCUUGCACGACGGUUAUUGAUGAGCAGAAGUGCAAGUCAAGAUGCUGAACGAACUAUGUUGGCCAAACUCAAGACGGAAUGCGGGUUCACCUUCACCCACAACCUCGAGCAAAUGUUCAAAGACCAAGAGCUAGCUCGCGAAGAAAUGGCUUCGUACAAAGAGACGCUUGAGGGCAAGCCAAACAUAGAUCUGAGUGUCAAUGUAUUGUCUGCGGCUGCGUGGCCUACGUAUCCUGAUGUUGAAGUCAAUCUGCCACGCGAUGUCGCAGACAUCAUUGCUAGAUACGAUCGGCAUUAUAAGCACAAGCAUACUGGUCGACGCCUUACAUGGAAGCAUGCAUUGGCACACUCUGUUGUGAAGGCUACCUUCAAGAAAGGCCCUAGAGAACUACUUGUCUCGGCAUUUCAGGCUAUUGUACUCGUACUGUUCAAUGAUGCCGAUCCUCAGACUGGUCUAUCUUACAAAACCAUUCAAUCAUCAACUGGCCUUGUCGAUAACGAGCUUCAACGAACUCUUCAAUCUCUCGCAUGCGGCAAAUUUCGUAUUCUUACCAAAAGCCCUAAAGGGCGGGACGUGAACCCUGAUGACAACUUUACAUUCAAUCAAAGCUUUUGGGAACAGAAGUACAGGAUCAAGAUCAACCAGAUCCAGCUAAAGGAGACGAAGGAAGAGAACAAGGAGACGCAUGAGAGAGUUCAACAAGAUAGGCAGUAUGAGACUCAAGCGGCGAUCGUAAGAAUUAUGAAGUCGAGGAAGACCAUAACCCAUGCGAAUCUUGUAAGUGAAGUCAUUGAGCAAACGAAGAAGAGGGGUGCGGUGGAGUUGAGUGAGAUUAAGAAGAACAUUGAGAAACUCAUUGAAAAGGAAUACAUCGACCGCGAGGAGGGAGGAUUGUAUACGUACGUUGCUUAG